AUGUUGAACAUCCUGUCACUUGGGUCCGUAUGGGACUUCAUCUACAGAGGAAGCGUACUCCACCAGAGUCACGAUCUCUCCUUCUCUCGGAUGGGCUACAUGGAUGAAGGUACGGCGCGGAUCGUUGUAAGAGCGCCAGCUCUCCAUACAAACUACGUCAAGAUCAGUUGGGCGCCUUCCGAGGGAGAUGGCCAGGUUACUAAGUCGCAGACAAUCGUCAUCGCUGAUUCCGAUGAUCAUACCGGGACGUUUUUGCUUGAAGGGCUGGAGCCAGACACGCCGUACACCUACACCACGAAUGCCAGCCAUGCCGGAUCUUUCAGGACUGCAGCCCUCUCGCCAAAGCGAUGGAGUCUCAUCUCCACAAGCUGCAUCAAGCCUUUCUACCCUUACAACCCCUUGGAUCAUGGCUUGCGCAUCAAAGGACUGGAGUACUUGGACCGGCAUGUCUCGGUGAACCAGCCAGACAUGAUGCUCUUCCUGGGCGACUUCAUCUACAUCGACCUGCCAGUGGCCCUCGGCUGGACUCCAGAGCACUACACCACAGCAUACCGUCAAGUCUAUGCCUCGCCCAGCUGGUCACCCGCGCUUCGAUCUGUGCCGUGGCUGCACGUCUACGACGACCAUGAGAUCAUCAACGACUGGGCGGCGAACGAGACAGGUCUCUAUCAGUCCGCCAUGAAGCCAUAUUGGUCUUAUCAAGGGCACGCGAACCCUCCCUCGCAGUAUGGCGUCGGCAAAACGCACUACACCUUCCGCCGGGGCGACGUUUCGUUUUUCGUCCUAGACACGCGGCGCUAUCGAUCGGCUGAAAACAUGGCGGACGGGCCUGAGAAGACGAUGCUUGGCGCGGCGCAGCUAGCGGACCUGCGAAAGUGGCUUGAAACAGAAAAGUCGUGGAAAGUCGUUGUCGGCAGCGUCCCGUUCACGCGAAAUUGGAGGGGCCCCGAUUCGGCCGAUAGCUGGUCGGGAUAUCUGUGGGAGAGAGACAUGAUCUUGGAGAUGAUGAGACAAACGGACGGAGCUAUCAUCUUGAGUGGAGACAGGCAUGAGCACGCGACGACGAUCUUUCCGCCCACUAGCGACAAGGGUGGUAAGUCUGUGAUUGAAUUUUCCACUUCGCCCUUGAACCAGUUCUAUGAACCCUUCGAUCGGUUCCAUAGACAGAUUGAGGACACAGACGUCUCGGUGUAUUCGCACCCGUGGGGAAAUUCAAAGUUUGGUCGGGUGUCGUUUGACACGUCGGAGGAGGGCCGAUGGACGGUAGACUAUGAGCUUAUCGUUGAUGGGCAUCAAGUGUGGAACUACACGUGGGAGUUCACCAGGUGA